AUGAGCAGCAUAGGUACAGGCUACGAUCUGUCCGUCACUACUUUCUCACCGGACGGCCGUGUUUUUCAGAUCGAAUACGCUGCUAAAGCCGUCGAUAACAGCGGUACUGUUAUUGGCAUCAAGUGCAAAGAUGGGAUUGUUAUGGGUGUGGAGAAGCUAAUAGCGUCGAAGAUGAUGUUGCCCGGUUCCAAUAGGAGAAUCCACUCCGUUCAUCGUCAUUCCGGCAUGGCUGUUGCUGGUUUAGCAGCUGAUGGGAGACAAAUUGUUGCACGAGCCAAAAGUGAGGCAACCAAUUAUCAGAGUGUUUAUGGCGAAUCCAUUCCCAUCAAGGAGCUUGCUGAACGUGUUGCUAGUUAUGUGCAUUUGUGCACUCUCUAUUGGUGGCUUAGGCCAUUUGGUUGCGGGGUGAUUCUUGGUGGUUAUGACAGAGAUGGACCGCAAUUGUACAUGGUUGAACCUUCUGGCAUAUCCUAUAAAUAUUUUGGCGCUGCUAUAGGGAAAGGGAAGCAGGCUGCUAAAACAGAAAUUGAAAAGUUGAAGCUGUCUGAAAUGACAUGCCGAGAAGGGGUCAUUGAAGUAGCCAAAAUCAUUUACAAGUUACAUGAUGAAGCAAAGGACAAGGCCUUUGAACUGGAAUUGAGUUGGGUUUGUGAUGAGUCAAAGAGACAGCAUCAAAAGGUUCCUGAUGAACUCUUAGAGGAAGCCAAGGCUGCAGCUAGAAUUGCACUUGAAGAAAUGGAUGCUGAUUAA